UUCUGAAUGAUACUGCCAACCUUAUAAAUAAUCAAACUCCUCACCAAAACAUAGAGAAAGCAAAAUAGAAUAUUUGUGAGCUUCACGGAUUGCACCAAUGGCGGACGAGGUGAUCCUUCUGAACUUCUGGCCAAGCAUGUUCGGAACAAGGACGAAGAUCGCCUUGAAGGAGAAAGGAGUGAAGUAUGAGUACAUAGAAGAAGGCCUUAUCACUAACAAAAGUCCCUUGCUUCUUGAAACGAAUCCGGUUCACAAGAAGAUCCCGGUUCUCAUCCAUAAAGGUAAACCGGUUUGUGAAUCUAUCAUCCAGGUCCAGUACAUCGACGAGAUCUGGUCCGACAAGAACCCACUCCUUCCUCCUGAUCCUUACAAGAGAGCUCAAGCUUUGUUAUGGGCCGACUUCAUCGACAAGAAGGAUCAUUUGUAUGUUUGUGGAAAAAAAGAUUUGGUCUGAGGAACAAGAAGCGGCUACGAAGGAGUUUAUUGAGAUACUCAGCACUCUUCAAACCGAGCUCGGAGAUAAACCUUACUUUGGUAGCGAUACAUUCGGUUUUGUAGACAUUAUCCUGAUUGGAUUCUACAGUUGGUUUCCAGCGCGUAUCAGAAGUUUGGUAACUUCAGAACUGAUAAGAGUGUUCUAAACUGAUGGACUGGGGAAAGAGGUGCAUGGAGAGAGAGAGUGUUGCUACGUCUUUGCCUGAUCCUGAGAAUGUUGUUGGAUUCGUCUUACAGCUCAAGAAGCUAUGGGGUUUUGAGUAAGAUAAGAGUUUAGCUUUUUUGGAAUGUUGUGUGUUUCUAAUAAUACAGAUCGUGUCUGUAAAAUGGGAGUUUUCUUCUAUGAUGUUUAGCUCUUUAAUGAUUUGUCUAUAAGCUCCA